AUGCUAUCAGAGUGCAAUAUUUAUGUGCCAGUUUUACAAAACGCUAGUUUGGAUCUAGAAAACGAAUUUACCUCAAAUGGCAUGUUGUCAGAGUGCUCUUUAAAUGUGUCAACCAUACGAAAUGUUAGUACAGAGUUAGAAAAUGAAUCUGCCUCAAACAACAUGUGCAAUCUAUAUGUGCCAGUUAUACAGAACGUUAAUACAGAGCUACAAAAUGAAUCUGUCUCAAACGACAUGCUAUCAGAAUGGAUAUCUCCGAAUAAUAUGUUAAACUAUUCUAAUGAAGAUGAAAAUAAUGUAUCUAAGAAUCUCAAUCAAUCCUGCAAUGUGGAUAAUUCUAUGGAAAUUGAAAAUAACAGAAAUGAAGCAAAUCAUGAAAAAGCGAUGAAUGAUAUUGAUGUGGCAAAAUUAAUAAAAGAAUCUAAUAACAAUUUAAAACAGGUUAAUGACAUAUCGAACUUAAAUAAUUCUGAUUGUAGUCUCUGUAGAAUCAAGAAAAAAAGCUGCAUAUGA